UUUCAUCGUACGUGGUGUUGCAUAGUGUCAGUGAAAAAAACUAAAUUUUAACGUUUAAACGUUCGCUGAUCUGGUAAAAAUUAGAACGAUUUCAUUGUUCACGAGUACCGAAUGUUGUAAAAGGUGAAAUUGUGCUUUAAAAACAGUUAAUAAACCAUUUAAUUGCGCAGGAAAUUUGGCUGAUCAUCGUCUGGUCGGUGAAAAUUAAAAAUGGACGACAAGCGAGACAGUAAAAAGGAUAAAAAGCUUCGCAAAUCGCGCAGUAGAAGUAGAAGCCGAAGUGUUAGUCCAGGAUAUGCCCGCCGCAGGCGGGAGAGAAGUCGCAGUAGGGAAAGGGAACGUCAUAGAAGGCGUUCUCGAGAACCGAGCAGCCCCGCUAUGCGCCGACGACGUGGUCGUCGGAGUCCAAGCCCGCCACCACCACCAAUGAUGCAGGAAGUUCCACCACCUCCGAUGAUUGGAAGUGCUCCCGCGUACAUGGGCGCUGCACCUCCAAUUUAUGACAAUUACGGGGCUUAUGCUACAGCUCCACCCCAAACUUACAUGACCGCUGGUUACGGUGGGUAUGACUACGGUGCUCCUUCUGUGGCAACGAUGGAUAGUUAUGGUACCAUGGUAAGUGCUCCUCCGCCGAUAAUGAUGCCUCAACCGAUGCCUCCCGGAAACGAGUACACCCCGGCUCCGCAAGGUUGGAGCGCUCCUCCACCGGUGGUGCAAGAAACCGAAGAGGAAAAACGCAAACGAGAAGCCGCUAUUGCUUUGGAAGUUCGUAAUCAACGUGCGUCUUUGAAAAAACAACGGGAUGACUAUCGUCGGCGUGCUGGAGCUUUGAAACGUGAGCUAAAAACGCUUAAACAACAGCGAGAAGAUCUAACUUCCGGCCGUGAUCCGCCUUCACCUACCACCAACAAUUUUAUUAAGGAGAACGACAAACUGCAGUCGCAAAUUCAGAGCAAAAUCAGUACGAUUGAAAAUGUCAUCGACAUGCUGGACGGGAUUAUCGGGAAGGAUAAAUCACCUACGCCACCUCCUCCGCCGCUCAGCAAAGGACCGUGCUCGCCACCGGAAGAACCCAUCAAGAGUCCGACGAAAAUUCGUAAAACAUCGGAGUCGUCUGCUUCGCCGGAACGGUUAAAGAAAGAGGUACUGGACACUAUGAAACGAGGCAAAACGAAGGCAGAGGAAAAAUCGUCUAAGGCCGUUAAAGCCGAGCCGGAAGAAGAUGGGAAACCGAAGGCGCAGUUUAAUUUUGUUUAUUAUGAUCCGGAGCUGCACUGGUGUUCGACUUGUGACAUAUUCCCGAAGACGGCGAAGGAAUAUUUGAACCAUCUUCAUUCGGAGCAGCAUAAAGCUAAGGUUUUAAGUAGCGCUUCGGCACAGGAAUAUCCCUGGCGUGAGAAAAUUGCCUCUGAAGACAAUUCCUCACGGCCCGGGUUGCCCAGCAAGCGCAUACCCAUUCGAGGUUUGCAAUUCUUUGUCCCAGCGACCUCUUGGUAUUGCAAGAUUUGCAAGCACUGGAUGGGCGAUUUGCACUGCGCUUCAGUACAUCUAAAAUCGAAGCUGCAUGCCGAUAGCUAUGGACAAUUCAUUGAAACUUCUCCGAAUUUUGAAAUCGACUGGAUGACGGACCGACAGAAGGCAUACGAACGGAUGCGUGAUAGCGAUCGACAGCAGCAACAGGAGUGCUCAACAACCCGAGAUGUUCCGGAAAGUGGCCAGCUUUUGACGGCGGCUCAAGCCGCUGAUGUUGAUUUUCUGUCUGGCACUACAACGCAAAAAGAGAGCAGCAAAAAGAAGAAGAGCAAGAAAGACGAGAAGAAGGAGAAAAAGAAGAAAAAGCGUUCCAAAAAGAAGAAGAAGCGAGCGGCUUCCUCGAGCAGCUCGAGCUCCAGUUCCAGCACAGAUUCGGAUUCGGACAAAAAAAGCGCACGUGGGGAUGAGUUCGAUCCGGCAACGUCGAUUCGGGUUGCGAUGCGCAACAUUCUGAAAGCCCAGGAAGCGGCCAAGGAUGCUCACAUAGCGGAGGAUCCCUCGGCGGGCAAAUGGACCGUCGUGCAGACGGCAAGCAUUCCGCAGGAAUUAACGGCACCACCUCCGCCGUUCAUGACAGCCGGUGCAGAGACGCGUGAAAAGCAACGGGAUGAGCUCAUGCUGUCGCAGUGGGCCACACCGGAUCCGGUUAUUUCCGAAACCGACAAGAAGUUGUUUGAACAACUGAAAGGUAAGAUGACGAAGAAGCGUGAUGAGGUUCCGCCCGCCAGUAGUAGUAGUAGACAUCAGGAUGGAAGCGGUAGGUAUCAUGAGAGCGGUAGCAGGCAUCAGGAUGGUGGCGGUAGACAUGCGGACAGUGGUAGUGGCGGAAGAUACCGUCAGGAUUCCGGUGAUCGGCCUGAACGGCGACGAGGUGGAGACGAUACGAGGCGACGCAGUCGAUCGGUAACUCCUCCUUGGAGGAGGAACGGCAGUCCCGGGCGAAGAUUUGGUGGUUUUGGCAGAGACCGUCGGAGCCCUGAUCGCCGUCGCGAUCGAAGUCCGGAUAUGCGCGCACGCGAUCGCAGUCGCGAUCGAGAUUUAGAUCGUGGAGGACGAUUCGAAAGGCGUAAUAAGCGCAGCAGAUCCCGGAAUCGACGUAGUCCCAGUUAUGGCAGAGGGCGAUUUCGCAUGAGGAGAUCGUACUCGCGGUCAAGGUCCCGAUCGCGCUCACGUAGUAGGCCAAGGGUGAUUGAGAAACCGGUCGUAAAUUUCCCACCAGAGCCGAAGCCGAAACCGGAAAAGAAACCUAAAGAAAGGAAGGAAGAAGACAAGAAGGAGAAAAAACAAGUAUCGAUCCCAAUUGGUCAGAAAAAACUGCCAUUCAUCGGCAGGAUGCCGGUGUUCAAAAAGCAACAGCAGGAAGUUAAAAAAGAUGAAUCCUGCACAGCUGAAAAAAUGGACGGCGCAACGUCCGAUGGUUUCGAAAACGGAACCAACCAGCAUACGGAAGAGUUUGUCGACAUGAUGCCAGACCCGUAUCAAUAUGUUGCCCUAAUGGGAGCUCCUCCUCCGCCGCCAUCGCAUCCUACGAAACCGGACGAAAGUAUGCUGCCACCCGGAAUCGAUGAAGCCGAAGCAGAUCUGGUUCCGAAACCGAUCAGUGACGCUCCGAUUCCCCGGAAAGGCCCACUUCCUAAGGAUUUCCAACAAGCACUCGAUAUCAUUUUCGAUGGUGAUAAACCGAAACCCGCUGAAGUAAUCGCCAACGAGACGAAACCUCCGGAAGCUCCACCGGUUCCGAUAGUCCCAGUUCUAGACACCGAUCAGCCGCAGAUGAUCGUACCGGAAGCCAUUGAGAUCUACAACCAACAGAUAGCGGCCCAAUACAGCUCGGCAGUUGUAUCGGCAGCUCCCAUGGUUUACGAUGACGAAUCGCAAAAUCAGCCACUGGAGAUGAACUCUCUCGAUGGUAUGGCGGAACAUUCGUCGAAUUCGCCGGCAGCCACCGGUUCCCCAGGGGACAAUACCGCUAGCAAUGACGAUGCCACGAUGGGAACACCGGAAAUCGAGCCACCCGCACCACCGCCUGAAGUAGAAAACGAGGAAACUCGACGCAAACGGGCAGAGCUGGAAGAACUUGCCAUGCUGGGAAUCGACGCUGACGAUAUGGCGGCACAGAUUUUCUGAGAGAAGAAAAAACAGUAAUUUUACCUUAUUUUAUUCGAGUCGUAGAUUGUAGAUUUCUUUGUAUUCCAAAACUUACACAGCGAUGGUGAUUCAUCGAAGGCCGGUUUGGAUUUUAACCACACUUCGAGCAAAGUCUUAAAAUGAAUGAUUCAUGGUAUCAAAAAUAAAUUGUU